AUGACAUCGAAUAACACGUACAGUCAUUCCAUCAACCUGCGCUAUAUCCUCGAGAGCCAAAAACUCUCCGGGGAAAACUUUCUUGACUGGGAGAAGAACCUCCGGAUCGUUCUUGACCGUAGGAGGAAACUUUACAUCCUCGAAACGGAUCCUCCCAAGACCCCUAAGGCAAAUGCUCAGCUCCAAAGGCUCCACGCGGACAUGGAAGUGUGUCCUAUGAUACAACGCUUGAGAGACCUUUACCAGGGUCAACCCCAAAACUCAGAUAUUUACGUUAUCGAAGUCAAUAUGUCUGAUUUCACCUCUUGGGUGAUGGAUACCGGAUGUGGUUCUCACAUCUGUACUUCUAUGCAGAAUUUGCAUGAAGUUAGACAUUUGACUGAGGGAGAAGUCCAGCUUAAGGAAUAUCAUUUCUGUGUCCUGUCUUGACAAAGCAGGAUUUUCUAUUAACAUCAAAGACAAGUGCCUUUCGGUUUUCAGAAAUGAUAUUUACUAUGCAACUGCUAAGAUGACCAAUGGUCUUUAUAUCUUAGACUUAGACGCCACUGUUUAUAACGUAGAUGUUAAGAGAAGCAAACCAAACAGUUUGAAUCUCACAUACCUUUGGCAUUGUCGUUUGGGCCACAUUAACGAGAAACGCAUAUCUAAGUUACGUCACUCUGGCGUACUUGAUUCAUUUG